GGAUGCAAUUCAAGCAUAUAUUCCGGAUGCAGUGUGGUACGAGUAUGACACAGGGGCAAAAAUGUCAGUGAGAAAACAAUGGACCAGUAUGCACCUGCCAGCGGACAAACUGGGACUUCACUUGAGAGGAGGCUUUAUUUACCCUACUCAGCAGCCAGCUAACACAACCGUUGCAAGCCGCAAGAAUCCAAUGGGACUUAUAGUUGCGCUGGAUGACAACAAUGCAGCUUCUGGGGACUUGUUCUGGGAUGACGGAGAAUCUGCAGGUACAACUGAGAGUAAAGCCUACAUUUACUAUGAGUUUACAGUUUCCAAUGUCUCCAUUGUUAGGCAGGAAGAGCUUCUGGAUAUUGGCUGUGGAAUAAUUGCUGGAGGUGACUUAGAAAAACUUAUGUUUUUCUAA